AUGAUGGAACUGCACAAACGUGCCCCAGUAGUGUCUACCCCAGGAAGAUCAUUGGAAAAGCUUGAGCAGCAAUUACUCCUAGGGUCAAAAGGACACGCAUUGACCGCAGAGGAUUUGGAGCGACGGCUUCGUGGGGAGGAUCAGAAAGUCCCCCCUCCAUCUGACCCCAGACUCCAACACCCACCUCCUGGGUUCCUGCCAGGAUCACCAGGCCCCAGAAACCAGACCCCUCAGCGCAUACCACCAGGGUAUAGUCCAUAUCUUCCAAUGAUGGAUGGCAGGCGUUCACCGAUGGGACAGGGGCCCUUUCCACCGAGGGUUGGGGACGGUCCUCAUGUAGCCACACCUCCAGACCCCAUCCCACCUCACCUGCUCAACGGGAGUCGUAUGCCUAGUGCCCCCAUUGGUAUUCCCCGCCAGCUACUGAGGGGCCCUCCUCCACAGAGUCCAUACAGCAGUCCGGGUCCACGCCAAAGUCCACACGGCGGUCACUUUGGUCCCCACCCUGGCAGUCCAUACGGCCCGCCCCACACAGGGUCCUACCCUCCCCCUCACAACAGCCCGGGCGGCCCAAGACCACCACAUCCAUUGGGUCAUUCAGAUCCCAGAAGAGGUCGAGGGAGGGGAUUCUUCAGAGGACACAGUACUGACCAUAGAGAGGGUUAUUCAGAAGGUCAUGACCCCGCCAGGUUUGAUCAAGGUCAUCACCCUGACAACCGUGAACACCGCCGAGAUUACCACGACAACCGGCGGGAACACGAUCGCCGUAGGUACUACCACUACAAUCCGGAGGAAGACAGGAAGAGAUCGGUGGAUGCUUACGCUGGAUUGAUGACUCAAAAAGAAAAAGACUGGAUUAUCAAAAUCCAGCUGAUCCAACUCCAAACAGAAAAUCCAUAUCUGGAUGACUUCUACUACACGACUUAUUCCCUGAAGAAGAAAGCAGAGGAGCGGCUUAAGAGACAACAGAAUGGAGUGAUGGACGACAAAGAUAAGGAAAUAAACCUCAUCAUCCCAGCCAUGACCAAACUAGAGACCAAGCCAUACAGACCAGCUCAGUUUGAGGGGUCGUUGGGUAGACUUACCACCUCCAGUGUUCACAAUUCCAGGCAGAUCAUUGAUGUCACAAGUGAAGGCAAACACCACACCGAGUAUGGCGAACCAAAAAACGUCUCCAAAGAACUCAGACGAAGUCGACAGUUACUGAUGGAAAUAGAAAAUGGCUAUAAUUUACUGUUAGAUGUGGACGACAUAGAGAAGAAAAUUUAAGCUUUACCAGAUGAAGCUAGG